AGAAGAAUAACCAUACAAAUAACCUAAAAUUAAAAUUUGGGAAAACAUUAUUUUUAAAUAAAAACAUAAAGAUGCCACACAAAUAGACUUAACUAUAAGUGGUUUUAUAGUUUAUGAAUAUGUGUUUUCUUUUAAGGUUUAAUACUUUUCUGAUAAAAAGGUGUUAUUCAAGUACCAGCAAACCUCCCUGGAAUGUUUUAUUUUUUGGGAGUGACAAUUUUUCCAUCAGCAGUCUAAAAGCUUUAUAUAAUGAAUUCAAGUAUGGAAAAUUAAUUCAAAAUCUAGAGGUGUGCACUUCCAUAAAAACAAAAUCUAAUUCAGUGGAGAAAUUUGCAAAUGACCAUAAGUUAAAAAUAUGUUCAUGGCCAUUAAAAACCUUAAAUCAGAAUUAUAAUGUUGGUAUAGUCGUUUCGUUUGGGCACUUAAUUCCAGAAUAUAUUAUUAAUCAAUUUGAAUACGGAAUAUUAAAUGUCCAUCCCAGUAUUUUACCACGAUGGAGGGGAGCCGCUCCAACUGUACAUGCCAUAGCAAAUGGUGACAAUGUUACUGGUGUAUCAAUUAUUAGAAUAAAACCAAAAGUGUUUGAUAUAGGUGACAUCAUUGAACAACAAUCUGUUAUAAUUGAUGAUAAUAUAAAUGUGGUUGAAUUGAACGAAAAAUUAGGAAACCUUGGUGCUGAUAGAUUGUUACAUACUUUAAAUCACCUGGAAAAUAAUUUAAAUAAAGCUGUGCCACAACCUAUAAAUGGCAUAAAAUUGGCUCCUAAAAUAAAUCAUGAAUUUGCUCGUAUUGACUGGAACAAAAAGAAUGCCAAAGAAGUUUAUAACUUAGAAAGAUCAUUAGUUGGUUUUUUACUACCGUUUACCACAUGGAAUGGCAAUACUGUUAAACUACAAGGUAUAAAAGAAGCAAAAUGUGAUACUAGCUUGCAAGACUAUAAUCCUGGAUUUAUUAUUUAUGAUAAAAAAAAUAAGGUAAUUAUAGUUUUAUGUGCAAAUAAAACUUGUGUUAGUGUUUCAAAAAUUAAAGUGUGGAAAAAAGAAGUAAUGAGUGCAACAGACUUUAAUAAUGGUUUUUUAAAAAAAGCAACUGUAGCUAAAAGAUAUUUUAAAUAAAAUGUUAAUAUUUAAACUUAGUUUGUAUUUUAAUUAUUCUAUGUAUGAG